GCGUACCGAAUCGUCGGCUACGCAGCGAUCGCCGUGUCAUGCGUUGCAGUCCUCUCCGUCUCAGCCACACUGCCGAUCCUCUACCUCUACGUGAACAAUGUCAAGACAACGAUGAGACAAGAAAUGGCGGCAUGUCGAAGCACAGCCAACACGGUCUACGCUGAUGCAGCCGCUCUACACGCUCUUCCAGCCAACCGAACAGCUCGAGAAGCAACCUACGAGACAGGCGGCGGAUGCGGAGGUUGCUGCCUUCCUGGACCCCCUGGUCUCGAAGGUCGACCUGGUCGACCAGGAGCACCGGGAUCACCAGGAAUGCCUGGCAAACCAGGAACUCCAGGACGACCACCACAGGCGCCAUGUGAGCCAAUUACGCCGCCUCCAUGCCCGCCGUGCCCUCCAGGACUUCCCGGACCACCCGGGCCACCAGGCCCACCAGGAAAUCCCGGUCCCGUGGGAGAUCCAGGAGCUCCUGGGAUACUGGUGAAGUAG